UUUUAGUCCGCCUGGGAUGAAUGCAGACGUCCCCUUCUCUCUAAACUAUUCUCUUUUCAGAGCCGGCAGCCCCUUGCUGAGUUGGUCGCAAUCAUUGUUUCUCUGCAGCAUUAACCACAUUCCAGAGAGGCGCAGCGCAUCCCGUCUUCAUCCCCGCAUUCCUUUCACGCAAACAAGUCCCCAGUGUAAAACGGUGUUUUAUUUAGAUUUUCGUACGCUUGGCGAGCUCAGACUUAUACACAGUGAAUAUUUAUGGUGUAUCCGAUUAUCCAGCCUACUUUGAUUUGUGGCAUAGUGGCCGUAGGCGAAACUAGAGGGAAACCCGACAGGAGGAAAUUCCUCCGCGCAGCGCGCCAUUGACUGUAAAGACCUUUCAACUUAACAAAAACUGAAGUUGACAAACGUAUCCCUGUCGGCUGAAACUGUGAGAAAGAGUUUGUUUUUUCGGCGAAGGGGGAAACGCAGAAGAAGACGAUGCGGCACACGGAGGAGGUUUCUCAGUACGUUUGUGGUUUUCUGUAAACGAGCGACGGCUGUACCGCGGCGUUUUGUUUUGAUUUCCAUGUGAAAUGCAAUUAGUGCUCCGCGGUGCUCGCUAGUUUGGCUCGCGGAGCGGAGCACACUCUGAACUUGUUUCUCGCCUCGGGAGCACAACAUGGAGCAUUACCAGGAAGAUUUGGGACUCCGGGCCAGUACAUUGAUGGAGGACCUCUCCUUGUAUGAUGCGUAUAAAGACGGGAUGUACAAUUCGAGGAGAGAUUUGGUGAUUAAUCCCGAUUUAGACUUUUCGACUCCGACAGUAUCGGAGCAUAAAAGUAAGCCAAUGAAUGGUACCUCUGUGCUUCACCAGCAGCAUCACACAGUGGAGAAUUUCACGUCUGGGAAUAAAGUGUACAACGCGGCUCCAGUGCGCCCUGUGAAUUGCAGCCGGGCCGUUCCUGUGGAUUUUUGUGCCCCUCAAAGAGACGCAGUUUAUACUGAGGAGAGCUGUUGCACCAAAUCCGAAGUGGCCUUGCCGUGCUACACGGGCGCUUCGGAGAGGCACAGGAGAUACUCUCUGGAGGUGCAGGGCCACAGGUACAGCACCGGCUCCGCCUUCGACGGCGUGCCUCUCAACAAGCCGGUGGCACUGCCCGGCAACAGGUGCAACAGUGUCUGCAUAACCAGCAGCCACGACGGGAGAUAUAACGCCACUAGUCCCCGGUCCAGUUUAGCAUCUUCCCUGUCCUCUCAAGAGCAGAGCAAGCAUGUCAGCCCCAGGUCAAGCAUUAGCAGCCCGCGCACUAGUUUGGUGGUACCGGGUCAGGACAGGUACACGAGCCCGAGGUCUAGUUUAGUUCACUGUGAGGGCAACACUGUCCUCAGCCCCAGAUCCAGCUAUGCAAGCACCGCAAGCGACACGAGUAAACACUCCAGUCCCCGGGCCAGCCUCAACAGCUGUGACUGCUGCAGCAAGCCCAGCAGCAACCGCACCAGCGGCAUCAGCAUGGGCUACGACCAGAGGCACGCCAGCCCCAGGUCGAGCACGGCGAGCCAGUACUCUUUCACUACCAGCCCGAGAUCCAGUUACUCUGACUCGCGGUACGGGCCUGUGGUCAACCAUGAAUUUGAGGGAGCGAUUUUACACGCAGCGCCGCUGGCGAGUCCUCGUUCGAGCAUCUGCAGCCAGGACGGGAGCGCAAGACCGGGGACCACCGCGAACUGCGUGGUCAGUCCCCGGUCCAGCAUCUCCAGUCACAGCUCCAGAAGUUCCCGCAGCUCCAGGGGGUCUAUGAGCACCUACCCGGAUCUGCAACUGCCUUCGCCCAGGUCAUCAAUGCUGGGUAGCAGUCUACACGAGGACACGUCGCUGCUGCAGGAGUUCGGAGACUCCAAUGGGAUCCAAAAUCGCAUCCACCUCCAGGGGCUCUCGGCGGUGCCAGAGCCCCAGCAGCAGUCAAACCAGACGGGAGGGGUUGUGGAGAUGACCGCGGGGUCACCAUCAUCAUUUAGUUAUGGGAUGUCCUCAAAAACAGCUUCCUCGAGUCAGAGGUUUAAGCUACCUUACCAGGUGAUCCCCAGCCGAGAGAGUGGACCCAGUCAGGCGGAGAGGCGGCUGGAGGCGCUCACCUUGGAGCUGGAAAAGGAGUUAGAGAUGCACAUGAAAAAGGAAUACUUUGGUAUCUGUGUCAAAUGUGGGAAAGGUGUGUAUGGAGCCAGCCAAGCCUGCCAGGCCAUGGGGAACCUGUAUCAUACAAACUGCUUCACCUGCUGCUCCUGUGGACGGAGGCUGCGAGGGAAAGCGUUCUACAACGUCAAUGGAAAAGUCUACUGUGAGGAAGAUUUCCUGUACUCUGGUUUCCAGCAGACAGCUGAUAAGUGUUUCGUGUGUGGUCACCUCAUCAUGGAGAUGAUCCUCCAGGCACUAGGCAAGUCUUACCAUCCUGGCUGUUUCCGCUGCGUGGUGUGUAAAGAAGGUCUAGAUGGCGUGCCUUUCACUGUGGACGUUGAGAACAACAUCUACUGUGUCAAAGACUACCACACGGUUUUUGCUCCCAAAUGUGCCUCCUGCAACCAGCCCAUCCUCCCAGCCCAGGGCUCUGAGGAAACCAUCCGGGUCGUUUCUAUGGACAAGGACUACCAUGUGGAGUGUUACCACUGUGAGGACUGUGGUCUCCAGCUAAACGACGAAGAAGGCCACCGGUGUUACCCACUGGAAGGCCACCUGCUCUGCCACGGCUGCCACAUCCACCGGCUCCAGCCGCAGGUCCCUUCUCACCUGCCCCCCAGCUACCCCCUCCAUGUCACCGAGCUGUGACGGGGCGGAGGGUGGGCAGCAACAAAGCCCAGCCUCCCAGAUGAUCGGGGACACUAGCGGCGGGAAAAUAAGGUCUGCACCCCCUCCAGCAGUUCCAGGGAAGCGGCUUCUGCCCCUGUCCUCAACUGGAUGGCCAGGCCGUGGACUAAUACACUUAGUGCAGCUCCCACCACAAGACCCUGCUGUCACAUGACAGGACUGGGAAAAAAGGGUCCCCCCCUGCCUCCAUCUGUGGUCUGUUUCUCCCCCUUCUCCCUGGGUGCCUUACCCUGAAAGCCAACACGCCGGCUCACCCAGAGGCCCCCGUUGACGUCACACAGCCUGACCCCUGCACAUUCACCCAAGAGAGGGUUUUUGGAUCGGAGGAGAGGACGCAAACUCGUCUCUCUCCUUGCUUCCAUUUCUUCCUUUGCAUUUUUUUUUAUUUUUUUAUUCUUGCGCUGUGACUGAAGCGGUUUACUGCCGUGAAUUCACUAGUGCUAAGAACGCCGCUGAUGUCGGCGUCAGGGAGGCCAGGGAACGAGCCACUACAUUCCAGUGCUUGGCUGAAGGGACAGACCCCCGGGUGGCCAUGCUGUGCCUUCAGAGCGGGCUCUCUCCGUGCAGCUUCUAACACUGAAAUGGAGUCCUGCUAAAGGCUAUGCAAAAAAACAUCCAGCAUCAUGACACAGGGCUGUGAGGAAAACUAUGAACUAAUCGCUCGUCGUCACCCUGCACCACCACAAAAUAACCGAUGCACCGUAGCACCACAAGCCCAGAGGACCAACUGACAUUCCACUUAGAAGUCUUAGACGAGACCUCCAGAGAUUCACAAGCAGUGUCUUAAUUAAUGAUCAUACUAUGACAGAAAAAGAAAAUUUUAGAUGCACAUAGGAAUGUCUUUUAUAUAUGAAUAUAUAUUUUGCAAAUGUUUUCCACAUAAGAUCAUAGAUCAUGUAGAUUCUCAUUUUUUUUCUUGUUGCUGCGCUCGCAAUAGAUUGAGAGGUGAAAGACGCUGUCGGUCAUGCAGUCUGAAGCCUCUGAAGAUUUUAGGGUCUGUUGUAUCAUUUCACCUCCCAGACGCAGAGCCUCUUCAUGUCUGUGUGGGUCACAAAUCCACUGGCUUUGUAAGAGCUGACCUGGCUCAAAUAGUAUUUGCCAUGAAUUCCUUCAAUUAUUUUUUUCCACUUUAAGUACCAAAUGUUUAGUUUUGGCAACGAAUGUGUUCCUUUUAGAACACAUACAUCCCCUCCCUCUACUGACUGUACUCUACUGACAGCUGUAACACACAAUAACUGUCGAACAUUUCUGCAUACCUUAAAUUUCACUGUCUUUGGUUGAACCUCAGUCAGUCUAUUUAUUUUAAAUACAAGUUACUAAAAGGUAUAAGUGAGUUGAAAAAUAAUUUAGACUAUUUAACUGGAUAGAUCUUGAUCAUGCUGUAUAUUUGUUUUACAAUUCAUGGCAGCACUCUGUGUUUUUAAUCAUGCAGCUUAAAUAGAGCAGUAAUUGAAGUUCUAUGUAAUAGCUUGUAUUUUUGUUUUUACGUAAUUCCCACAAGAUGUUACAAUGCAUGUAUGUACCUUAUCUUUAGAGUUUUUAGAAUAGAGAAUUCUGACCUGUUGAGAGUGCCAAGUUAUUACACAGAGCUCUAAGAAUAAGAUUCAAUCUGAGAAUUUAGCUAGUAAUUGGCCUUCAAAUACUGAGAUUUAGGCCCUGUGUUAGAACACUUUAUGAUGACAGUCAGCUGUUACCAUAGAUAUCAAAUGCUAGCUCAUGACUGAGAAACAGAGAUAUUAACAGAGAUGUUGCCCAAAAUGAAGUAUAUAAGUAUAUUAUUAAGCUCUAUGGUAUUUAACUAUGAAAAAGCAUUUUAAAAACUCUGAUCGAGGCUAAACAUCUGUAUGUUAAAGAUUAUAGUGCUAGAUUUGAGA